AUGGACGUGGAAACCGAGAAUCCUCUCAAACAAACCGACCAGAGUGCCCAGGAUGCCAACGACCUCGCCGAAUUCGGUCACGAGCAGACCCUCGCCCGCAAAUUCAACAUAUGGAGCAUGCUUGCCCUGGCCUUCUGUGUUCUGGGAACAUGGUCGACAUUCGCACAGGAUCUUUCUGAUGGGUUAAUCAACGGCGGUCCUGUCUCGAUCCUUUGGGGUCUAUGUCUGGUUACAUUUUGCAACACCUGCGUUGCACUCUCGCUGGGCGAGAUCUGUAGCAGCAUGCCUACGGCCCUGGGACAGGCAUACUGGAUUUACCGCUUGUGGGACUCCCGCUUAGGACGUUUCAUCUCCUACAUGUGUGCUUGGAUUAACGUGUUCGGGUGGUGGACUCUUGCUGCUUCCCAGGUGGCAUUCAUGACCAAUUUCCUGCUCGGCAUGAAGGUCAUGUUCAAUCCGAAUUGGACCGGUGCCUCUACGGGUUGGCUUGAGUUUAUCGUUUAUGUGGGAUGUGUUUUUGUUUUGACAUUAAUCAAUGUGGUCGGUUGUCGAAGGGAGAAGUUCUUGCCUUGGCUCAAUAACUUUGUUGGCGUAUGGUUCUUUGGACUUUUCUUCGUCUUCUGCCUUGCCUUGCUUAUUUCUGUUGGCACUAAGGACGGUCUCUCGUACCAGCCAGCCAGAUUUACCUUUGGCAAGUGGAUCAAUCAGACCGGGUGGCCAGACGGUGUUGUCUGGUUUAUUGGACUCGUUCAAGCCGCCUAUGGUCUCACUGCCUUCGAUGCCGUGAUCCACCUGGUAGAAGAAAUUCCCGCACCGCGCAAGAAUGCUCCGAAAGUCAUCUAUUUAGCCGUGAUUUCCGGAGCAAUCAGCGGUUUUAUCUUGAUGAUGGUCUGCCUCUUCUGCAUCCAGAAAGUGAACACUGUCGUCGACUCACCAAGUGGCCUUCCAUUCAUGGAACUCGUGCAAGAAACAGUAGGCCAAACCGGUGGAGCAGUAUUGAUCUCGCUCUUCAUCAUGAACGGCCUCGGUCAAGGAAUCAGUAUAGUGACCACAGCCUCUCGCCUGACCUGGGGCUUCGCUCGCGACGGCGGACUUCCAUUCAGCGCAUAUCUCUCCGAAGUCAGCCCAACAUGGAAAGCGCCCGUCAGGGCGCUCUGGUUCCAAGGCGCGAUAAUUGCCCUGGUCGGGGUCUUAUUCCUCUUCGCCGAAACUGUGUUGAACGCCAUUCUUAGCGUCAGCACCAUUGCUUUAACAAUUUCAUAUGGUCUGCCCAUUAUGACCUUACUUUUGAUGGGCCGCGACAAACUUCCACACGGUGGUCAGUUCCAUCUUGGCAGGUUUGGAGCGCCUGCCAACUGGGUCAGUCUCGUAUACUGCUGCGUGACGACCAUCUUCUUUUUCUUCCCCAGUGCUCCUAAUCCCUCUGGGGAUGAAAUGAACUACGCUAUUGGUGUUUUCGGUGUGAUGCUCGUUAUUUCGGUCGCUUUUUGGUUUAUUUCGGGCAGUCGCACUUAUCUUAAUACUGAGGAGUCUAUUCCUCAUGUUAUCCAGGCUCGUGCUGUUGCGAAUGAGCCUGCCCUGCCCGAGCCUAAGAAGGAGGAUCGAUGA